AUUUGAGAACCAAACGUCCUCGGAUAUUGGUGUCCAGAUGUCGUCGCUUCACCAUAUCUCGGCGAAAAGACGCAGUGACAGCGUUGAAAGCAACACACGAGAGACGUGUGUGAGGAACAACAGAAGCAACAAAACAUUCGACGAUAUCGAACAGAACAUGCAAGAGAAAAGACUUAUAAGCCGGCCACAACAGAGUCUUGUAACGCCUACAGUCAAGCGACGAUUCCGCAACUGUGGAAACGCAGGGGAGGCAAGAAAGCGUGGGAAAUCAUCGACUGAAGAGAAGAAACUCACCGUCAAAACCAAACACGAGUUCCCAGCGGCAAGAUACCACGAUGAACUUACGACCAUCCAAGAAAAACUCGACCUGGUAGCCAGUUCGAAGCUCAUCGAAAGUUACAGCGUCCCAGACCGACAUCGUGCCUUGCAUAGCAAAUUGAAGAACCUCAAAAGCAAAACGAAAGGUUUGAUGGCAGAGCUAGAUAACCGGGGGAAAUUCUUCGCGUUGGCAAAUAGACUGAUUUCUGGAGAUGGACUGGAUUCGGAUUUGGGGAGGCUGGAUGGGGAAGUCAUGUGGUUUAUUGCUGAGUUGAAGUACAGACAGAUGGACGGUGAGAGUUCGGCUACGCUUGUUGGAUGAACAUACACAUGACCAGAGAAAUGAAAAGACAAGAAAAUGCAAGCUUCUUGGAUCAUAUGAAAUUGAGUACCCGUGAUACGCAUGUGACUAUCCAGUGAUGAAGAAGUCGGUUCUGAUAUGAUGGAAGACAAGUGGCGGAAAGACGCGAAUCUCCAAGGACAGAAGACGAGCCAGCAAAUGCCAAGCAGUAAAGCCAAUGUGAUAAGAGGAAACUCAAUGGUGCACCACCGACUUCUUUGGGAUUUGGGGGAGGCCGCUAAAAGGAAGUCUACCCCGCCGCAUCGACAAGUAGACGGCAGCUUUUUCAGAUCUGAACAGGUUUCGGAAUCAGAACAGGAAGAUGGUCAUAAUAUACUGACUCACUAACUACCUUACACCAUGUGGCAGAUUCAGUGUAAAAUAUAGUUGAGCAACUACCGCACAAAAUCAUUCCGAAAUUCUCGCGAAGAGCGAAAGUUUACAGCACGGUGCAUUAUCUCAAAGUAAGAUGGGAAAGUCAAUAUCUGUAGGUUCGGGGGAAGUUGGCCUUGUUUGAAUUUCCGUGUGACAGAUCCAGACUUUCGUCUAUGUGAUCAGGCCAUUUGUUCGGGUUAAUUGCCGCCGGCUUUAUGUACCUUGUAGAUUGGUCUCAAAUGAAUAAACUCCCUCACGGACAUUGACUGAAACCUGUGGGCGAAAAGAAGAUGCAUCCGUGAGGAUAGGGCCUGUGCUAUGAACAUCUCGUGAAGAG